UGUCAGGGUCGGAGCUGGGAGUCGUCCAUGUUGUCUCGCUGUACUCAGGGUCUGACGUCCGUCCUCCUCGCUCUAAAGAAAUGUCCCAUGAUCCGCUACCAGCUGUCCUCGGACAUGUCCAAACGCCUGGCAGAGAGUGUCAAGCAAAUCAUCACGAAGGAGUACGAGCUGUUUGACUUCAGGAAGACAGAGGUUCCUCCUCUGCUGCUGAUCCUCGACCGGAGCGACGACGCCAUCACGCCGCUGCUCAACCAGUGGACAUACCAGGCAAUGGUCCACGAGCUGCUCGGCCUCAACAACAACAGGAUCGACUUGUCCAGAGUCCCGGGGAUCAGCAAGGACCUGAAGGAGGUGGUUCUGUCUGCGGAGAACGACGAGUUCUACGCCAACAACCUCUAUCUGAACUUUGGAGAGAUCGGCACCAACAUCAAGAACCUGAUGGAGGAUUUUCAGAAGAAGAGACCUAAAGGACACCAGAGGCUGGAGUCCAUCUCCGACAUGAAGGCGUUUGUCGAUAACUACCCUCAGUUUAAGAAGAUGUCGGGCACCGUGUCCAAACACGUGACGGUGGUGGGCGAGUUGUCUCGGCUGGUUUCGGAGCGUCAGCUGAUGGAGGUGUCGGAGGUGGAGCAGGAGCUGGCCUGUCAGAACGACCACUCCAACGCUCAGCAGAGCGUUCGCCGCCUGCUGCAGAAUCCUCGUUUGUCAGAGCUGGACGCCGUCCGCCUCGUCAUGCUCUACGCUCUGAGGUAUGAACGCCACAGCAGCAGCAUCCUGCCGUCGCUGAUGGACGAGCUGAGCAGGAGAGGAGUGUCCGAACGCCACCGCAAGAUGGUUCAGUCGGUGGUCGAGUACGGAGGGAAACGAGUCAGAGGAAGUGACCUCAUCAUGCCGACAGAUGCCGUCGCCAUGACGAAACAGUUCUUCAAAGGACUCAAGGGUGUGGAGAACGUCUACUCUCAGCAUCAGCCACUGCUUCAUGACACUCUGGAUCAGCUGAUUAAAGGUCGACUAAAAGACAGUCAGUUUCCAUACCUGGGAGCCAGCAGCCUGCGAGACAGGCCUCAGGACAUCAUCUUGUUUCUGAUUGGUGGAGCCACUUAUGAAGAAGCUCUGACUGUUUACAACAUGAACCGAAGUUCACCUGGAGUCCGCAUCGUCCUCGGAGGAAGCAGCAUCCACAACACCAAGAGUUUCCUAGAGGAAGUGAUGUCGUCAACAAGUCAUGGUGGCGAUGGACCACAAGGAAGUGGUCGCCAUGGCAGUAGACGCUGAGAAAACACACAGUCAUAUCAGUCUGAUUCUUUCAGUGAAAAUAUUACAUGAGAUAAGACAUUUGAUCUUAUCAUGGAAAAGAAAGAGAUAAACAAAUCCUGAUGUGAUUUUGUCUCUGAUGUUUCAUCCUUUAAGUUUACUGGAAAUAUGUUCACACACACACAUAGACAUACAUAGACACACACACACACACACACAGACUCACAAACAUAGGACGGGGGUCCUUGGCAGAUGUAAAUAAAAUUCCUGACAGUCUGUGUUGUUGCUUGUUGUGAUUGUUUAUUACGGGGGUCAGAAUAUUAGGAACACCUCUGAAUCUAUCACAGUGAACCUCGUUAAGAGACACAUCACAGGUUCCAGCUCAACUGCUCAUGUCUGGAACAACACAAACAGGCUCAGUGUUUAGACUCCGUCAGUCUCUGUUGGUUUUCUGCUUGUAUUUGGUGAAAUGUCCCUUUAAAGUAUCUAAAUGUUCAACUUUUAAGUUAAAAUCUAAAUAAAUCACUGCAUCCUGUGAUUCAUUAAACAAUUUCUGCAA